AUGCCAAAACAACAUAAAUCACUUUCUUCUUCUUCUCUUUCAUUAAAUGAAAAGGCUGCAAAAUUUAAACCUAUCAAAGACGAAAUUAAAAAUGAAAAUAUUCAUCAAACUCCAAGUAAAGAAAAUGUAAUUGAUCUUCCAUUAACUAAAAGACUAUUUGUUGGUGGAAUAGAUAAAUCAAUAACUGAACAACAAAUUAAAGAACGUUUUAUUAAUUAUGGAAAAGUUCUUUCAAUCCAAAUUAUUAAUAAACCGUGGAAAAACUCAUUAUUUGCAUAUGUUGAACUAAAAGCAAAAAAUGAAUUAUUGUUACAUCAAUGUCUUUCUACUUUAAAUAUGUUAACAUGGAAAGGAUUAAAAUUUAGAGUAGAAUAUGCUAAUCCUAAUAUAUUAGAUAAAUACAAACAAGAAAGAAUUCAAUUACAUCUUGAUAGAAAAAUUAAAAUUAAAGAAAGACAAGAUGAAAAAGCAAGAAAAAGAAAACAACUUAAAGCUUGUAAGACAAUUAUUGAUAAAGGGUUUUACAAACACUAA